CAGCAGAAAUCGUCAGUGCGCCAGUGCCGAGAACUUGAGGAGACCCUACGAACCUCGCCAGAGAUGGUACUCACAAAAUGCGUCCGUCUGUCGGCGGCAGCGAAGUUUGGCACGCGCGAUAUUUUGUACAAUUUUCGCAGCCUUACCACGGCUACGGUGGCCUCCGGCCCGAUCUCAUCCUCGUCCACGCAAGAGCAGCAACGGCGACAUGCGUCCUACGGCAAGAUGUCCGGCUGGCAGAUACACUCCUACGGUACGCUGCAAGAAGAGCUGCAGUUCAGUGAGAGCAUCAAAAUGCCCAUCCUGAAGUCGCCCACCCAGUUGCUGGUGAAGGUGAAAGCGGCCUCCGUCAACCCAAUCGAUGUAGCCAUGAGCUCCGGAUACGGUGCAUCGGUGCUGAAUGCGAUGCGCUGCAAAGACGGUGGCAUCGAAUUUCCGCUCGUACUUGGGCGCGAUUUUUGUGGAGAAAUCGUCCAGAAAGGUUUGGGAAUCUCCAGCCGCGAGCUCGAAGUAGGCGAUGAAGUGUGGGGAAUCGUUCCGCUGCACUUACAAGGCUGCCAUGCUGAUUACGUUGUCGUUGAAAAGUAUUGCCUCUUCAAGAAACCCUCCAAUCUGAGCAAAAUCGAUGCAAGUGCCAUCUUGUACGCCGGGCUAACCGCGUGGUCCGGGUUGUACAUAACGGGCCAUCUGGGGGAUUUGCUCGGUGCCAUUUCACCAGUUGGUGGUGGCGCAGGUAAAAAGGUGCUCGUACUCGGAGCAGCCGGUGGAGUCGGUACACUGGCCGUUCAAAUGCUGCUGGCAGAGGGCGUGGAGGUAUUCGCCACCUGCGCCACGGACGCGAUGCAGAUGGUGCACAAUCUCAGUGUGAAAUAUGUGCUGAACUACAACGAUCCAGCGCACGUGCAAGCCUUAGCGAGCGUUGGCCGGUUCGACAUAGUGCUCGAUUGCGCCGGCAAAGGAACGGAGUACGCUAACGAGAUUCCCUGGCUGUUCGAUCAGUUCAUCACGUUCAAUUCCCCUGUACUCAAAAACAUCGACCAUGAGGGGUUCGCGGUCGGGAUGUACCAGAACGCCGUCAGCCUUGUGCGCAAUAACGCGGCCUCGCUUAGCACCCGGCAGGGUCUCGUAAAGUGGGGCUAUUUCGUUCCCGCCCCACAGGGCAUCGCGUAUCUUCAGCGUCUGGCGGAGAAGGACAAGCUGCUGCCGGUGAUCGAAAAAGUGUUCCCGUACGCUCAGACGCCCGAGGCGUACGAGCGAGUUUCGCAGAAGCAUUUACGGGGGAAGGUUGUGAUUGACUUCGAGUAAACCUGCGCAAUCGCAACACUGUUCAUUCUCAAUCUCGACGGAGCAAUUAGCAAACAAAUAGAAUAGAUAGUCUGACUAUCGGUUGGCGACUUACAGCGCUUAGAUAAGGAACUACGGUAGUUGAUCGUUCACAUCACUUCUCUACGUGUGAUUCUGUACUAUUAAUAAAAGAGAACUCAACUUUCAAAUUU